UGGACGAAUAUUGUGAGCCGGCCGGUAUUAUCAUCACUGUACAUAAAAUCAUCAUCAUCAUCAUCCUAAACCAAACGAGCAGUAGUGUCAGAGAAGCUGUCAUCAAAUCACUUUCUCUCAUCCAAUUCUGUUAUAGAUUAGAUCGAUCCAUCCAUCCAUCCAUACUUGGAGAAGAAGAAGAAGAAAAAUGGCGGUGGACUUGUGCUCAGAUGAGUGUCCCCGGAUAUCAUUCUCCCACGACAUUUCUCAGGCUGACAUCGUCCCCGUCGAGCAGUACGUCGUCCGGUCAUCCUCCAGCAUUGACUUCGAUUUCUGCGUCUUCCGCGAGUGUUUCGACCACCAGGAUUCGCUCACCACCUCAGCCGACGAGCUUUUCUUCAACGGCCAGAUUCUCCCCAUCGAGAUCAAGAGGAGAAUCGCCCCUCCUCCGCUCCAAGGAAGAGACCGAUCGGCGGCGGGAGAGACCAAACCGCCGGACAGGCAAAAGCAGAGCAGCAGUUCGUUUUGGAGCUUCAAGCGUAGUUCCAGCCUGAAUUGCGGCGGGAGUAGCGGCGGAUACGCCAGAACUUUAUGCCCUCUGCCGCCGCUUUUAUCGCGGAGCCAUUCUACCGGUUCUGCUCCCAAAUUGAGAACCUUAUUUUUCAACAAAUCUUCUUCCGCCAAGCAUAAUCAAAAGCCUCCUCUGAAGAAAUCGGCGGCGGGUGCUGGGAGUAGUAACAACAACGGGGCGGGAGUCAGGGUUAGCCCCGUCCUGAAUGUCUCUCCGGCGAAUCUCUUUGUGGGUAUCGGUUCCGUCUUCUCUUUUCAUGGCAGCAGAGAUCAUCACAAUAUCUUGAUUAAGAACAAGAAGAAGUGAAACCUCUGAUCGAUUUUCCCAUUCUUUCUUCCAAUUGUUUACUAUUCUUCUUCUCUUUUGGUGUUUAAUCCACGAAAUUGCUUGUUAUUCUCUUAUUUUGUGUGUAGAAGCUCUAUUUUACGGGACUUGAAUUCAGAUUUUGCACAGAUUUUUGUGUGUUAUUUCCUUUUAAAUUAUUAAUCAAUGUCAGAUUAAACUCUUAAUAAAUGGAUUCGAGUGGAAUGAAAAUGAAA